UCCCUGCAAGGUGUUCGUACCGGGAAUGUGGCACUGCAGGAUCAUAACCGGGUGAGCAGGUAUCUGAUUGUUUUCUGUUCACAGGUGUACGUGCAGUAGGGCAUUUGCUGAGAACGAGCAGACAUGUCUCUAAGUAAACCCGAAGAGCGUCUGACUUUAGAGUUGAGCUGCCCGAUCUGUCUGCAGCUUUACCGUGACCCCGUGGCUCUUCCUUGCGGACACAAUUACUGUCUGGGAUGUAUACAAAAUGCAGCCAAUGCAGAAGAUCCUAAGAACUCGAGUCGUUGUCCGGAAUGCAGGGAGGAGUACGGUAGCCCAAAGGCUCUGCCGAGGAACUUCAAACUCAGCGGCAUCGUGGACGGUUACCUGGUGGCCACAUCGAGUGGCGGUCUGAAAGGAGGCCCUUCGAAGCCGUGCGACCAGUGUUUGGACGAUUUUGUGGCCGCAGUGAAGUUUUGCACACGUUGUGAGAUGUCGCUUUGCUCCGGCCACCUUAAGCGGCACGAGGAGCGACACAAUUCCAAAGGGCACAUUUUAGUGGAGCUGAACGCCGAGCGGGAUGGGAAGAGAUGCCCGGUGCACGGGAAGACCACGGAAUACAUGUGCGCGCAAGAGCGGCUGUUCCUCUGCUCAGACUGUGUGAUAGAGGGGACCCACCAGAACCAUGACGUCAAGACGUUUGAAGUGGCGAAGGGGGAGAUGAAGAGGGUCCUGGAAGGGCUGGGAAAGGCCGUGUUUAACAAGCUACAAAUGACUGAAGUUCUGCUGAAAAACGCCAGCGAAAGAGACGGACCCGCUGACAACGCAGAAGGCAAACUGGUGACCAGAGCAAACAUGCUCCUGGAUAACAUGAGUACACUGAUAAGUGCAUACAAGAGUCGCAUGAGCACUUUGAUGGACGAUGAGCUUCGUUUGCGCGACAAAAGCUGGCAGGCCAAUCGAAACGAUUUGGAGAGCUGUCAGCGGCAGCUGAAGGAAGCUCACCAAACCACCACCGAGGUUCUCUCUGAAUCCUCCGAGUUCCUCUUCAUCCAACAGUACCUCAGCAUCGAGGCGAGGGUCCGUCAGGCUGCCAACGCCACCAUCCCCUGCCUACCCACCCAAGAGCCUUCCGAUGCCAAAAACCUGCGCUCUGCCCUGCGCACAGACACCUUUCGUGCUGACAUGAGCCUCCUGCUGGACUCUCUCCACAGCUUGAUGAACCCUCUAGACCUGACCUUCAACCCGGCCACAGCCCACGCUGGCCUUCUGCUCUCCACCGAUCUCAAAACUGUAAAGCAGUGCGCCGGAAUGAGGAGCGGCAGCGGCAAGGACCAGAGCGAACGCUUCUCCACGGUCUCUCAGGUCAUGUGCUCUCAGGGUUUCUCUGCCGGAGUUCACAUGUGGACGGUGGAGAUCGGCCCCGGGUGCACGUGGUCCGUGGGUCUGUGCUACAAAAGCAUCCCGCGGAAAGGUGACCACAGCAAGCUGGGCCAUAACGCCGCUUCCUGGAGGCUGCAGUGGAAGAACAAGAAGCUUACGGCAAGCCACGACUCGGCUAACGUGGCCAUAUGCGACGGGCUAAUCGUGCCACCGAAGCGGGUCGAGGUGACCCUGGAUUACGAAGCAGGAAUCGUCGCCUUUCACAGCACGGGUCACGGUGGACGAAAGCAACAUCUUUACACGUUCAGUGGGGGUUUCAGGGAUGUAGUCUACCCUGCAUUUGGCAUUCACUCGACGUCAGAGGAUUCUUGGAUAACACUGCUGAGUGGAGUUUGACUGAUGCACACACUUUCAGUUUUCACUUUCACAUAACAUGUUUGGCAACAAGAACGAAUAAUAAAGAAAUCAUGAUAUAUACGAGAAUCUACCAGUAGAAAUAGUACCUCAAAUUAUUUCCUGUUGUUGAAACUGUGAGUGCUGUGUUUGUAUGACAAACAUUAAUAUUUCAGUACUACUCAGCUAUCAAAUCAUCUCUGUUUAGAUUUUAUUGUACGGUCUGGUUGCCCUCAGACAGAAAUAGAUGAAUCUUUAAUGCAGGUAACAUCGUGAACAAUGUACCUCAUUCAGCGCUUUACCCGAGCAACACAACUUUUCAUAUGGUUUAAAUAAAUACAGUGAAUUCUUA